AUAAUAACAAAAUUUCUUAUUCAUGUAAAAAAAAAAAUUAAAAAAAAAUUUCUUAUUCAUGUAGGGUUUCCUAGUCUUCAACUGUUAUAUACAAUAUAUGUAUAGAUUCUGAGGCGCAAGGCAUAAAAGAGAGAAAAAAAACCUAAUAGUUAAAGAUUGAAACAAUAUGAUGACGACGAUCUCCGAUCUUCCGGUAAAUUUGGUAGAGGAGAUUCUCUCAAAGGUUCACUUGAAAUAUAUGAGAGCAGUGAGAUCAACUUGCAAAGAUUGGGACACUUUAUCCAAGAGUGGAAGCUUUUCAAAGAUGCACAUUGAUAAAAUAAGCGCAGGUGAGGAGUCUAUGAUGGUCGCUGUCUUGAUGGGUUACAAUCUAUAUCUCAUGAAUGUCGUUAAUGACGAAGAUCCAUUAAUAGAGUGUAAAGGUAAACUUACUUGCCUAGACAACAAACAAAAUAAGAUAUCUCAAGUUUUCCACUGCGAUGGUUUAUUGUUAUGCGUCUUGGAAGAUGAUGCUACCAAAGUUAUCGUUUGGAAUCCGUAUUGGGGUGAAACAAGGUCGAUAGAAUUUAGAUAUUCUGUCCGACCAAACGGAUGUGACUGGUUCACUUACGCUCUAGGGUACGAGGACAAAGGCGGCUCCACAUCUUGUCGUGACUACAAGUUCUUGAGGUUUAUAGAUCACAGCGUUGGCAAUGUGGUCAAAGACCAGUUUUUAUGGUACGAGAUUUACGAUUUCCAGUCUAGUUCAUGGAAGACUCUAGGUGUUACUCCACACUGGGAUAUAAAUUUUCAUCAGCGUGGCGUGUCUCUCAAGGGAAACACUUACUGGCCUGCUUCACCAAGGAAGACAUACGAAAGGAUUGACAAUCACAUAAUCUGUUUCGAUUUUACAAGUGAGAGUUUUGGUCCUCUUCUGCGUCUGCCGUUUGACGCUGGUGAUGAUGACACUGUGACUUUAUCAAGUGUUAGAGAAGAGAAGCUUGCGGUUUUAUUCACUCACUACGAAUUAGGAGGUCCACUGGAGUUAGAGAUAUGGAUUAGUACUAAGAUUGAGGCCGAAAAGGUGUCGUGGAGCAAGUUCUUGAGAGUGGCGGACGCGGAAUUUUACCCUCUGAUUUCAUAUGAUUGUUUCUUCAUUGACGAGGAGAAGAAAUUCGCCAUGAGUUUUGAAGAUGACUACCCCAAAACAUUUAACAUUGUUGGAGAGGCUGGAUACUUUAAGAAGUUGGAACUCGGAGAACGUUUAGGCAGAGACAUAAAGUGGAUGCAACAUGUGUGCUCUUAUGUUCGAAGCCUAGCUGAUAUCAAGCAACCUGCUGCUGCUGGAGGUAAAAGGAAACAACAAAGCGAGUUAGAAAAGCAACGAUAUGAUCAAAACAUGGCGAGACUUGUUGCAAUUAAAACUGCUACAGAGGUUUGACUCCACUUUUUAUCUUCAUUUCUUUUGUAAAGUGUUGUUUUUAUAUUGUCUUUUG